UCUUGUUUUGCGUUGACUUCUGACUUGAGUUGAAAGCAGAGAGAGAGAUUGGCUUUGAAUUUUGAAUUGAAUUUACUUGAAAAGGUGUAAAUCGAUUAAAAUUUUUGAGUUGUUAUUGAAUAAUUAAAAACUCCAUCGUCAUGCUCAAACCUAAAGCCCUGACCCAAGUUCUCAGCCAGGCGAAUACUGGAGGUGUAGAAAAUACCUUGCUGCUGAACCAUGAAGGUGCGCUUCUGGCCUACAGCGGCUAUGGAGACAAAAAUGCCAGGGUGACAGCAGCCAUCGCCAGCAACGUUUGGUCGGCUUAUGAGAAAAAUGGAAAAUCGGCCUUCCUAGAGGAUCCCCUUCAAUUGGUCAUGAUGGAGUGCAUGGAUGGCAAAGUUGCAAUUACUCAAGUGGCCAACCUCCUGCUCUGUUUGUAUGCUAAGAACACUGUCCCGUUUGGUCUCCUGAAGGCCAAGGCUGAGGCGAUUGCGGAAUAUCUGGAUAGUCCACUGAAGCAAAUUGCUGCGUCUUGAAUUGUGAAAGGUGAUAUUUUAACUGUAUCUCUGAAGCGUAUUUUUAUUUUUUGUUAAAUUCAAGAUAUAUGAAAUAAUUCUAGUAUAUAUAAAAAUAAUUUAAGAAAAUAUAACAAUUAUUCCUGAACCAAAACAUAAUUUUUGAUU